AUGUUCAAGUUACCUGAUUCUAAUGCACAUCAUACUUCCAUAAACAAUAAUAAAUAUUCGUCCGAAUUCGAAGCUGAUGAUGUUCAAGUGUGGACAAAACUUUUCGAUCGGUCACAAAUACUCGAUGACAGAGAUCGUCAUCGAAUCAAUCACAUAUUUAAUAAACUCAUCACAAGUAUUGUCAAAUAUGAACGCGAACAAGACUUUCAAUUACUUGAGGCACUUGCAAAACGACUAUUGUCACCUGAUAACGGUAGAGGAGAAAAUGAAGAGCCAAUAGUAUUAACUGUGCUUGAUCAAGAACGACUGAUAAAACUUCGUACGCUUUGUAAACGUUUGAAACAUUAUGAUUUUAUUGAAAAAUUACUUUCAACUAUGUUCACACGAGAAAAAUCAAACGAAUUAUUUCUUCCACCAAUUAAUAAAACCCCUCCUCGAACUCGUUUAUCAUCUCUCUCUUUUGACGAUGCUCGAAUUUCGUUACCACUGAAGAAAAAACCACGAAUAUCAGCUGCACAAUCUCCAACAUCAAUUCAAACAAAACCCAAACCGACAAUAAUGAUGCAUGGCCCACUAACGUUACAAAAUAUCUAUCAAGCAAUUCCAGCAGCGACGCUUCAAUUUGCUGAAAAUGAAUAUGUUUGGCAUGCCAAUCGUCCUGUGAAUAUGAUCUUAGCAACAGCAGUUCAACUACCAAAUGUUUUAACUGAAGCAGCGGCGAAUACAAACAUCGAAAGUGAACAAUUCUUUUCCAAAAUGAUCGAAGACAUCAUUCAUGAAUACGAAAAACGACAUCCAAGUGAUCACUAUGCAGCCUUAAGAGAAUGGAAAGAGAAACAUAAUGUCGAUCAUUAUGCGGAAUCAAUUACACCAAAUCAAAUGAACGGAUUCGAAACACUUCUUGAUGUUGUCCAACGACGUCAUUUAGGAAGAGUACAUCGAUAUUUUCUCAAUGUUGUUUCAACGAAUCGUCAUUUUAAUCCAUAUGAUUUAAUUACAGUACCUGAUAACAAAGCUGAUCCAGAUAAUCAUUAUGUUUUUUCGGUCUUUGGUGUACUGAAUGUGCGUAAGAACGGACAAGAUGUCGAAUUUUUCGAAUUAGCUGAAUGGUAUCGGCAUGCAAAACUAUGGCAUGCAUGUCGACAGAUUCCAUUUUUUCGAGAUUAUCUCGUUCGAAAAGAAUUCAAUCGAUGGUUCUCCAAUGCUCGUUUUGCUCGAUUCGCACGACGUCGACAUGAAAUUCGUCGCUUCAUUUGUGAAUAUCAACGCUUAACAUUACUUCCGCCAUUCCUUCCGGACAUGUCGUUAGCAUUAAACGAUCUCGAGUUGCUUGUUCAACAACAUACAAUGCAUACAGUUGAAUAUACGAAGAAAUUUUACAGCCACAUUAAAACAAUUAUCAACAUGACACGUGAAAGUUGUGGAAAGAAAUUACAUGUGAUUUUAAAAUGUCUGGAAGAAGAUUCUCUGAUGUUUGAUCCAUCAUCUGGUUCGUUGUAUGAACAACGAGUGAGAAAGGAAAAUCUGCGAAAAGAACUCGAACAAUUACAACACGAUCUUCGAAAUAUGUGUUCGUUUUUAAAUCUAUGUUCGGCUAUGUUAGCAUCGUGUUUAUGUGAUAUACAACGGGAUGCAAUAUCGCAAUUUCAAUUAUCAACUGUCGUAUUUUUGACGAAACUUCAAUUCGAUGAAAUUGAAUCAAACCCGACACUUCGGUAUUAUCCAUCACGAGAUGAUUAUUUCAAUUUACUUCAACUGGUUCUGCAACAACCGCAACAAAUGCUUGCGGAAUAUUGGGGAAAUAUCUUAGAAUUGAAUAUUUGUUUGAAAGAUACAGAUAAGUUUGGCGAAAUUGCUCGUCAGGAAGGAUUAACAAAUAACUGUGAAAUAUGCGGAGAGAAUCUUUAUCCUGGUUUACAAGAAACAUGCAAAUGUAAAAAACAACAAUCGAAAGGUUUCAUUAAUGAGCCAAAUUAUUUAGUUAUCAAAGGUCAUGGUUUUUUUGGCAGUGCAACUCGAACUGAGAUUCUUCCAUUUGAAUUGAUCUUUAUCAAAGAUACGAAAUAUGAAGAAGAAAUCAAGAAUAUUCUUUCACAAUUCGGCGUAUCGUUCGAUGAACUCGAUGCAUACUGUGAAUCAAAUGAAUGGCUUUGUGAAAUACGACGUUUUUGUUUACAAUGGACGCCAAGUCAAAUGAAGGAAAUGACUGAAAUGAAAGAAGUUUUUCCCAUCCAAGAACAAUUGAAAAUUCUUCGUGAUUGGAUUGACAAAACUCGUACAUUUGAAAUGACAUAUUCCACAUCGAGUUCGCCUUAUGUUAUACAAAUCGACUGUUCGAUUAUUAGAGAAGGUCUUUUUAAAGCAGUGAGCACGAUCUAUUCAGAUCUGGGAAGAUAUCUCUACGAGUAUGCUCUGAUGAACGCACAACUUCUCAUCGAAAAAUUUCAACAUGCUUCUGAGGUACUUGAUCAACGACCUACAGCCCUGGAGGAUUAUGCACGAUACGUCAGUUUCUUAACACCGCAUAAGGCAGAACUGGCAUCGAAUCAACAGACGAUUGAUUAUUUUACAAAUCUGUUCGAAACUAUCUUUACCCAUUUCGGUCAUUUUCGUCUUGAAACUGAAGAAGAUCCAAUUGAUAAAUCAUUGGUUGACAUGUGGAAGUUAUUUCAAAAGAAAUUAUCGAACGCCGCUGAUUUUAUCGUUCAAGAAAUGUUAAUUGUCAAAGAACGUCUACGUGAAAUAUUCGAUAAAUACUUUCACGAAUGUGAAAUCAUCCACUAUCAAUCCACAACCGGAGUUUUUCUUGAUCCAACGCAAGAUCCAUUAGAAAUGAUCAAACAACUACGACAAAAUUGUAUUCGUUUUCAAGCCGAACAAGAACAAUUGAAACAAUAUGCUGACUGGCGUGCGUCAAUUGCUGCGAAUAGUUCGAAUUCGACGUACGAUCAAGAUUCAGAUUUGAAUGAUUUGAAUACCGUUGCUUAUUGGUCGACAGAAAUCGAUCAUCGAAAGGAUCUGUGGAAAUAUGUGGAAAUUACCUCAACAACUAUUAAAGAAUGGAAAUUGACGUUUAUUAAUAGAUUUAAUAUUCCUCGUUCACGAGAAAAGAUUGAAUGCUGGCUGAGAAUUGCCGAAGAUUUCAAUGAUAAAGUGUCUCCUAAUGAUCCAGUGCUUUGCUAUUGGAUAAAAAUAUUAAAAGACUUUGAACAGAAUAUUAAUUUACUGGAAAAAUUAUUGAGUGAUGCUAUGACAUCCGAACAAUGGCGAUUGCUUUUCCGUGCUAAUGGACAUGAUUAUGAUCCUAAAUUUAAUUAUCGUAUUCAAGAUCUGAUCGAUUUGAAUAUCCUUCGAGUCGAAAACUUCGAUGUCUUCUUGCAAAUACACAAACACGCAACACGAGAACAAAAGCUCAAAGAGAAACUAACUCAAAUGCAAACGUGGAUCGAUGAACUUUACUAUAGAAUGAUCAAAUAUGGAGUUGCGCACAAAACUACCACAGUUCGACAUCGACUAACAUCUUCCUAUCGUCAACGUUUGAGUCGAUAUCGUGAAUUGCGUUCUCGAGCAUCAGCAGCUCAAGAAAAUCCACCUGAACCUAUUUCAGCAACAGAAUCAUCGAUUGGUCUUAAUGAAGAAUCAUAUCUCAUGAUAAAUUCGCAAGAAAUUCUUCGACUAAUCGAAGAUCGUUUGUUGCUACUUCAUACAAACGAGCCAUUUCAUAUUGACAUUGAUAAUUGCCGUGAACAAUUCCAACAAUAUUACACACUAUUCGAUGCCAUCAAAACUCUAACGCAAUUGUGGUACGAAACGCAAAACAGAUGGAUAUUUGUUCGAAGCGCAUUGGCUAAUUUGAUUGGAGUUAAUGAUGAUCGGAUAUUUUUCAGAGAACUUCAUCAAAAAUUUAUUCAUGCUGAUCAAGAUUUUCGAAACUUUCAAAAAACCGCUUUUCAAAAUCCAUCUACCGCCAAUCUAGCUAAAGUUAAUACGAAUCAAAAACAACUUCAAACAUGGCUCAAUACUUUUAAUGAAUUGAUCGCUCAGCUGGAAUUUUAUCUAAAUGAACAAUAUCGAUCGAAUUUCGGUCGAUUCUAUUUUCUCUCAACCGAUGAACUAGUUAAUUUGAUAUCAUUUGGUCUCGAUCCACGAUACUACAUUCCAUAUGUACGACAGCUAUUCAGAGGUAUUCACAAUAUUCAAUUUCAGUUACCCGAACAAUCCAUUGGUGCGUCGACCAAUCAAGCAGUGAAUUCUGCUGCAAUGGAUAUUUACGCGUAUCGAUUAGAGGGUACUUCGAUAUCGAAUAAAUAUCAAGAAGAAUUACCGCUGAUUUCGAAACUAAAAUUAUGUUUACCAACAAUCGACAGUGCUCAAUUGAAUACUCGUAUAAUUAGUAGUCAAAGUGUGGUAAAAUGGUUUCAAUCAUUGGAAAAUCUCAUGAAAUAUUCGUUAGCCAAAUCGGUUUUUCAACUUUUCGAUGAGAAGAUUGAAAAUCGAUUAGAGAAUUUUCUUACAAAAAAGACAUUACAAACAUCAAAUGAUCGAUCAUAUCCAUUACAAGUUCGUUUACUUGUCGAGCAUGUCUUCUUCUCAUUAACAAUGCAAAAACACAUCGAAAAUCAAUCGUAUACUCCAAUGCGGAACAUCAAAUCUCAAAUCGAGCAUCAAAUCGAAACAUUGAUGAAAAGUCCCAACACGCAACAGAACGGCUUAAUUAUUCAACAAUUAUAUUUCCGAGAUGUUCUGACAAAAUUUAUUGAAGAUAAAACAAAUCUAACACUGAAAAGCUAUGAAUGGUUAUCUUUGAUGAAAUAUGAAAUCGAUCCGAAUGCUCGAACAGAUCAAAAGAUUCAUUUUGUUCAAUUUCUCAAUCGUAUUCAUUAUAAUUUCGAAUAUAUCGAACCUUCAUCGACAUUUAUCAUCUCUCCAUUAAUGGAACGAACACUGUUUCAAUUAACUCAAGCCGUUUGCGCCUAUCGUAUCGGGGUGCUUCACGCAAAACCACAAUCUGGUCGAUUAACAACUAUCCAAACAUUAGCACAGUUAUGUGGAACGAAUUUAAUUGCUGUAUCAUGCCAGGCAACAACAGAAAUUGAACACAUAAGAAAUGUUCAUCAAGGUUUAAUUACAUCCAAUACAUGGUGUGUAUUGAAGGAUAUGCAGCGAUUAACAAUAAAUUGUUUGUCGACACUGGCUGUUGCUAUGCGUCAUAUUCGUGUUCAACUUGAAGAAUAUCGCAUUCGAUUUCAAGAUUUUGUAUCACCAUUGAAACGAAUAAAAUCUCAAUCGGAUUUAUCAUUCCCGUCAGAAUCUUGUUCAGUUAAGAAACAUGCCAGCGAAUAUCCAAUGGAGAAAAAAUUUGCCAAUGAACAUAAUUUCAUCAUUUCGAAUAACCAAGAAAUUCUGCAAUACCCAUUAACUUAUGGAUUAUUCGCAACAUUUGAUGAUUUCUACCAACCAUUAUCACCGACGAUCAAAUUUGACUGUCGGACAAUUUCGAUUUCACGUCCAGACUUGAAAAUCAUUACUGAAUCAUUUUUAUAUCUCAAUCGAUUGUAUACUCUACAAGAACAACAUAAGUGUCAAGUCACUGCACGAAACCUCGUCGAUUUCAUUGAAUCUUUACGAUUCAUUUACGAUGAAAUGAAAACUUUCUGCUCUCCAUACGUUCUCCUUCGAUCAAUUAUUGAGCAGUCGGCUUAUGUGAAUAUGAAAGAGGCAAUUCUAACCGUUUUAAAGCAAAAUCAUCUGUACGAUUCGCAUAUCGAUGGCUUGAUCGAUAAAUUCUUCAGCGAAAAUCAAAACACUGAAUCCGACGAAGAAGACAAUGACGAGCUUUCUUGUGUGGACAUUCUCAAACAAGAAGCAUUUGAUGAUAAAAUUGCUUUUGAUGAUGCAGAACAAUUGUUUCAGAAUGCUUCUCGUCUCAUGUAUGCAAUUCAACGGCAUGAUAUGAUAUUCCUUAUCGGACAAAGCGGUUCUGCAAAGUCAGGUCUGAUUCGUUUAGCCGAACGAACAUUCAACAAACAAAUGAACUCGGCAAAUGUAAAUCCGGAUGAACACGGAAAACAAACAUCGAUUAUAAUAGAGACCAUAUUUCCGAAUUCGUAUGAUGAAGACCAAUUUUAUCAAACAAAGGAUAGUUUCAUCGAACAAUGGAAACAACAACAGAUGAUUAAAUUGGCAAAUGACAUUAGCUCGGAACAAUAUUGGAUUGUUCUUGAUAUCGACUCGCAUUCAAAUUGGUUGACACCAGAGAAGAUUCGAUAUCUUUACAAAGAACUUCAAACGACAAUGUCUUGCUAUAAGGGUAUUUUGAAAAUCAUCAUCGAAUGCGAUGAUCUUCUGAUUGAUAUUUCGCACCACGGUCAAAUCUUCGUGUUGAAUGUCGAUAAAUUUCACUCUCGAAUGAAAUUAAUUCAAUCAGCAGUAACAAAUUUAGAAUUGAAACUUCAUCUUCGUGAUGGAACGUUGUCAUCAAUUCAACAGUUUGUCAAUGAUACGAUUGAACCAUACAUAAACUUUCUUCAAACUGAACAUAUUCACGAUGCGUAUAUCAACCAUUUCACUGAUUCAUUUAUCAAAAUUCUCUGUGCAUUUAUUGAACAACAUGUCAUUGACGUUCAAAAUCAUCUCGAUGCACUCAACUACGUAUUUGCUUACUGUUUCAUCUGGUCUUAUGCUCAUCCAAUUCAUCCAAAGUAUGAACAACAAAUCAAUUCAUUUGUUCGAGACCUUCUCAAACAAUAUCAUUUCUCUUCGAAUGAUUGUAAACUCUUUGAUUUCUAUCCUGACAUGCCUGCGGCUCGUUUCAUUCCAAUUCACCAGUGGCUGAAAGCUCAUGAUAUAGCGUAUAAUUCUAUACCGGAGUUCAAUGGUGCGAUGCGUUUAAUGUCAAUCCUCAUUGCUUAUAAUCAACCGAUCGGAAUCUACAGUUCUGAGCAAGGUUUUGGUAAAACAACGUUGAUGAACACUUUGCUAACAAACGUUUCGCAUCAUCGAAUGAUCUCAACUGGUGAACGAAAAUGUUUUCUACGUGACGAAGUCUUUCGAUAUACUUUACCACUUUUGACACAUAGCAAAAGUGUCCACAAUACGAAAUAUGUUCUAUGGUUUGAAGAUGUGAAAACUGAAGAUACUGAAUUGAUUCGUUCGUUGAUUGAUGAAUAUUCUUCAUCGAAACAACAAAGUUUGAAUAUUGUUCUAACUGGUCAAUCGUUCCAUUCGUAUCCAAAACGUUUUUCACGGCAUUUCAUUCCAAUCAUAAUUCAUCAAUCAAUUUCCACAUUAAUCGAUUCGAUUUAUUCGAUUCCAAUCAAGAAUUGGUUAGAAGAAUUUUCUGCUGAUGCCAUAACUCAUCCACUCGAAUUGGCACAUGCGUGUGUUUUAACAUUGGCGGAAAGCUUUGAGUUUCUGAAAGAGAAUUUCAUAAACAUCCAAUGGAACUUACAUAAUGUCGAAGCGAUUGUUAACGGAAUGUUCCUUUUGGAAGGGAAAUUGAAACGAACUGGUGGCGGAGCAAGUAAAGUUUCCAAUAAAAUAUCCACGAAACAUUCAAAGAAGAAACAAGACGAACAACUUGCAACGCUAGUUCGACUAUUCUGUCAUGAACUAUCACGCAUUAUAUGCGAUCGAUUAAUCGACGCACAAGAUCGUGUUCGCUUCCAAGAAUUUCUCUGUCGAACGAUAAUUACGAACUUUUGUACAGAAUUAGAAUUCUAUACACUUUCUUCGAAUGUUGUACAAAUAAACCAAACAACUGAUUCAUCAGUCGGAGGAAGAAAACAAGUCAAAUUCAAAGCCGGUCUCGUCGAAGAACGAACAGCUAUCGAAUGUCUAGACGGACCUAUCAUCUCCUUUGGAAAAAUCAUCGGUAUACCGAAAUUAAAAGAUAUUUCUCAAGUACCCGCUGAAGGACUCUUCGAAAAACUAAUUCAAUCGACAUAUUUCUCCAAAUCUAUUCUCGCAAUGCAUAAUGAAUUUACUAAUGUCAAAGAUCCUCAUGCAAGUCAAUAUCAAGAAUCGAAUGACAAUCAAAUGAGCACAGCACUUCGUUCGUGUCAGUCGCAAUGGGGAAAAUCAACACAUAUGGAUUUGGUAUUCCUUCCUCGUACUAUGCGGCAUUUAACAAAUCUCGUUCGAUUGUUUUCGUUGUCACAGAAUGGACAUGCGCUACUCCGAGCGAAUCAAAUCGGCCUAGGUCGUCAAGAUCUUGUCCAAUUUGCUGCCUUCAUUACUGAACAGCAAUUUUCUGAUGCACAUAGUUAUGUUCCGACAAUCGAUGAAAAUGAAUCGGUGAAACAAUGCCUUCGCACAAAUUGUCUCUUAGCAGGAUUGAAACAAAAGAAUAUUGUUGUACUUAUUCGAGAAAAUCUUCUCUCGGAUGAGAUGGUUAAUCAGUUGUAUUUAUUUACAUGUGAAGGAUUUUAUCCGGGACUAUUUUCUAAUGAAGAACUUAUAAGAAUUGCUUCAGCUUUAUCACCGAGUUUACCGAGUAAUCGUCGAACAACGAAAACAAAUUCUGUAUUGAAAACAUUUUUCGCAAGAAUUCGACGAAGACUUCAUUUAGUUAUCUUAGAAAACGAUCAACAUCUGCGACAUUCUGGUUUAUUAUCAUCGUGUUAUGUUGAAGAAUAUCAAAACUGGACAAAAGACGAAAUUGUUACAAUCGCUAAGUAUUGGAUGACGAAAAUACUGAAUUCAAUAAAUGCAAUUGACUCGACAGCAUCGUUUGAUUUAGCUUGUCAAGCAUUGGCAGAUAUUCAUUUAUCUCUAGAUCAUUUCCGAUUGUUUACUUUGAAAAAUAUCCGCAAAACAAUUGAAAUUUUCUUUAAAUUCUAUCAAAUAAUUCAACUAAAAGAAGCUCGGCGUCUGUCUCGUUGUGAAUCAAUGCUUCAUCGUACGAACAAAUCUAGACAAUUGAUUGAAAUGAACGAACAACUAUGUGUUGAACUUCAAAAUGAAAUUGACCAUUUACAAGGAAAAUUAGCGGAGUUAGAUCAUGAACUACAGCUGAAAAAGAAAAAUUUCUCUUUAGCAGUGGAAGAUUGUCGUGAAGAAGAAAAAUUGUUGAAUGAAAUGCGAACUGCUUUAGAACGAUUGAAGAAAGAUGUUGAAGCAGCAGUGGAAAAUGCCAAUCCACAAUACGAAAACGCGCUAAAUGCAUUGAGAUUACUAAACAAAGCGGAUUAUGAUGAAAUUCGAACAUUUCGUCAACCACCACAACCUGUUCUAGCUGUCAUGAACACUAUUUGUAUUAUGUUCAAUCGAAAACCUGAAUGGAAUGAAGCGAAAAUCUUAACAGUGAAAGAAGAUUUUUUCGAUGAUUUGGUCUUUUACGAUAAAGAUAAUGUUUCCGACGAAGUCUUUGAUAUGUUGACAAAGAUCGUCAGUUUUGAUACUUUUACUCCUACAUAUGUAGCCACAGCAUCAAAAGCAGCAUCGAGUCUUUGUGCAUGGAUUUUGGCUGUUUAUGAAUAUGCGAAAGUUGCCCGAGCACAGAAAGCGCUUCGAGAACAAGUGAAAGCAUAUGAAAAACUGUAUAAUAAACGUCAACAAAUCCUCGGCGAAAAACGUCUCUAUGCUGAGAAGUUAAAAGAAGAACUAGCGGAUUUUAUUACGAAACGUCGUGAACAGUUCGCAGAAUUACAAUCGAAAGUGAAACGUUUAAAUCAUCUUCGGUCGGUGAUCGAUGCUACGCGUGCGAUGUUGCAGUUAAUUGAUGAAGAUAUUCAACAUUGGCAAAACGAAGUGCAACAAGGAAGACUCAAUCAGCAAACUGCAAUUACUGAUGCACUACAAAUUUCACUUUAUUUCAGUUAUUUAUCACAGUUUAAUGUUGAUCAACGACAGGAGUUUCUAUCACAAUGGCAAACGAAUGUUUUACAACCUUCACUGCCAGUUCGAAGUGAUUUUAACCUUCUGAACAUGAUUUUUAAUGAGAAAGAAUUCAAUGAUUAUUUAUUACAAUACGAUUCAGUAUCGAUCAACGACCAAAACGCGAUUCUAAAUGCAGUUAUCCUAGCGAAUCAGCUUCACAAUACAUUUGUCUUAUUCGUCAAUAAUCCAGAAAAUGAUACUUCGUUAUGGCAUAAUUUAUUGCAUGACUUUAACGGCGAAGAAGCCAGUUAUGAAAUUCAACUGUAUUUAGAAUAUAAACAGAAUAGAAUCAGUUUACCUUCAGGAACAAGUAGUGGAAUCGCCGCACCUCAAGACCAAUCCCAAAUCCGCCAACGUAUUAGUUCAAGUAAAACGAUUGCAACCGAGGUGACAGAGAAAUCUUCGAUUUGGGACUCUGCAAGUAACUGUUCGCGACCAGGAACAGGAACGCGUUUGGCAAAACCAGCAGGAAAAUUUUCGUUGAAUGACUUUGAACAAAAGAAAUAUCCAAUUAACAUUCCGGAAUUUUCUCUUGACGAAUACGAAAGACCGAAGGAUAACAUAAUUCAUUUAUCCGGAAAACAGUCCGAAGAUUUCGAUAAGGAUUUGUUAAUUGCAAUGUUUUUCGGUAAUAUUGUUAUCGUCGAUGAAUGUGAUCUGUUAGAUUUAAACCCAUUCAUCUAUCGAUUUUUAUGUUGGUCAUCACGACAUGAUCAAUAUACGCCGACAUUUCCGAAUUUGUUUCGCUUUGGUGAUCAAGAAAUCUUUAUUAAUUCAUCAUUUCGUUUGAUUCUUAAUUAUCAUCAAAUCGACCGUUCUCAAUGGAGAAAUCUUUUGUUAAACAACCGACUAAUCAACACGAGCUUCGGUUUAAAAAAAUUGGAAAUUGACUUUUGGCUUCGUCUUAUUGAACAUCGUUGUCAGAAAGAUUUCAUUAAACAAGUGCGUUCGAAUUAUCAAAGACAAUUGACUUAUCUCAAUGAACAAUACCAACGACGUGAGAAUUUGGUUGACAUUCUCGAGACAAAGGAAAAUUUGACAAUCGAUUCCAAUGAAUUAUUAGCUGAUUUGAAGAAAUCUAAUGAGAAUCGCAUUUCGAUUGAAACGACACUCAAUGAAUAUCGUAUUCAAUUUAAUGUUCUUUGCACACGAACAGGAGGUGAAGCAUAUAAAGACAUUUCGAAAGAAUUAGCGCAAUUGUAUAUCUUAUUACGUGAUGGGGUUAGCCAAUUGAAACUUCCGAUACAAUGGUUUCUACAAAUUUUAACGAAGAAUUUGCCACGACGGGUUGAAAUCACGAAAAAUACAGAUUUAUCAAAUUACAAUUCGAAUAUGAUCAAUAAAGUGCAAGCAAGAGAAACUUAUCUUCGUUGUUUUCAAUCAAUUUAUUCGUAUCUGUCAUCGGCCAUGUGCAAAGAUCAACUGGAAUAUGUUUUGAUUUUAUUUGCACUUCUCACACAAGAUAGAUCUCAAGACAUUCAGUUAUUUCAAACGAUAAUGACAAAAUUCAAUCCAGAAACUCAACAAGUUAUUCCAGAUUUUCUCAAUGAUGAAAAACGACCAUCGUUUGUUGACAGAAAUUCAUGGGUACUUUGCCUUUCGGAUGUGAUCAAUAGAAAAUAUCCAAAUCUUUCUGAACAUUUGAUUGAUCAUCAACAUGAAUGGAAAGAAUAUCUUUUCUCGACAAGUAAGCUCGACUUUAUGAAUAAAUCUCCAUUUGAACAGACAACGACAAUGAAUACUAUCGAUCGAUUUCUUCUUUCAAUUAUUCUAUUGCCAAAUAAGAUUCCCGAUUUGAUUCAUACCUUUUUGAUCUAUCAUUACGGCGGCCAGCUUCAUGAUAAAUCUGUGUCAUCGAUUGAUGAUGUUCAUCGAUUAACAACCGAUAAGAUUCUUCAACCAACAAAUAAUCUUAUUCUUGUUUGGACAAGCUCAUCGGCAUUUGUGGACCCUAUUGAAGAAAUUCACACACUUAGUAAUGAAAUGGAUCAAUCAGUUCGACUUGUUUCAUCAAUUGAUGAAAAACGUUUGGAACGAAUCAUUUGUAAUGAUAAAGACUCAUGGUUAAUUAUCACUGAACUUCAUCUAUUCGGCGAUAAUCUUCAACAAAUUCAAAAGUAUCUUUUAUCACAAAAGAAUAAGAUCAUUUGGCUUCUCUGUGAUCCUUCCUAUGAAACUCAAAUACCUCAUUGGUUAACUCAACGAUGUUUACAAGUUUAUCUAACUGAUUCAACUCCAUCUGCACUUCAACUUCGCUUUCAACAAAAACUUCUGCCAAAUAAUAAAUUUUGCCAACACAAAAAACAAAUCGAACAAAAUUUAGAUAUUCACACUUAUUUAAUCUCGAAACGAGUUUUUGCAAAAAACUGGACAAAUCUAACGGAAAUUAAUCUGUACAUGGACCUAAAUCAUCACAUCAAUACUAAUCAAUCGAAUAUGAUUGAUUAUACAAAUUAUAUUCAAACUGAAGACGAACAAAUUCUGAUGAAUUACAUCCGACAAAGCACCGAUCCGUGUACAUUGGUUCGACAAAUUUCUGAUCCAAUUCAACUACCAAGUGCGCAUCUAUUUGUCAUCUUUCGACGUUUGUUUGCUGGUAUACUUUUAUCGAACGAAAGAGUUUCCUCGACGAAAGAAGAUCAGAUGAUUUUUGUCGAAUCGAUUGUUCGUCAUUAUUUGGAUCGUCUUCGGUCAAUCGAUUCUCAUCAGUCAUCACAUUCAUCUCCAAUUGAUUUGUUUGUUUCAAACGAAUGUGUUCUCAUGCGAAAGUUAUCGACUGCUUUGUGCCAUCGAAUGGAUCAUCUUUUGGAAGUUUUCGCUCGGGUCGAAGCUGCAUCACCAGAAACGAAAUUAUUUAUCCAUUCAAUUUUACACGAUUUCGCUAUGGCCAACUUUGUUAGAAAUUAUCAAUUAACUUUGGAACAUCUCUAUAAAAUGAAUUCGAACGAUGUUAAUUUGAAGUUCAUUCGACGACGAAGACAAUUUCUUCAACUUAUACGUCGUAAACGCGAUGACAAUCUUCUCUUUCAUUUAAAAUGUGAUCAUAAACACGAUAGAUCGAAUGCUUUGACAGUGUCAGGUGUACACUCAUCAACGAAUAUCGAUGCAAAAGGUUUAAAUAUUUCUUUGGAUGUGAGUUGCUCUACUGAUGCUCCUGUUCUGUCGAGCAUUAUAUUGGAUACAAAUGCUCCAUGCUACCUUCCAGUGAUGAAUAAUGAUAAAGAAAAUAAUUCCGAGCUUAUUUUAUUGUCGAUUGAUAAACCUCAAAGUUAA